CGCGGGGGGGAAAGUCACCUCCUGGUGCCUGUGCCUGAGCCGGAGCCAGGGACAGUUGUCCCGGGCCAGGGGGGCCCAGAGAUCACUACUGCUGCUGUCCCCUCUGCUACCCCCAAGGUGGGGAGCCAGGUUCCCGUGCCCCCAACCCUCCUCUGGGACACCCCGGCUGCUCCCCAGACUCAUGCCUGAACAGGUAACCAUAGUGGCCGGCGGAGUGAUUGCAGGGCUGCUGUUGCUGGUUCUGAUUGGGAUCAUGGGGUACUGUCUCUGGAAGAAGCUUUGCAUCGCCUCCGCCUAUGAGGAGCUGACUGGAAUGCCAUCCCCCGCUGGCGGGAAGGAGAAGCUGCCUUCCCAGUCAGCAGUGAUCCAGCCCAACAGGACCCAAGGUAUCCCAUUUGUUGUUCCUCCGUCCUUCCAUGGCCGGGACUGGAUCACUCUAACCAAUGGAGAGAAGAUCCAGGAUGACAGUGAUCCCUACAUUGCCCCAGAAUUCCUGCCUCGGUCAUCUUUUCAUUCACUCGGGAGUGCCUAUGUGAUUGGGACGAUCAACCCAGAGCUUUACAAGUUUCCUGAGGACAAGAGUGAGACGGACUUCCCUGAAGGCUGCCUGGGGAGGCUGUGGUUCACGGUGGAGUAUGAGCAGGAGGCAGAGAGGCUGCUGGUGGGCCUGAUCAAGGCGAGGAAGCUGCAGACCCCCUCCCCGUCAGAGACUUGCAGUCCCUUGGUGAAGCUCUAUCUGCUUCCUGAUGAACGGCGCUUUCUGCAGUCCAAAACAAAGCGUAAAACCGCCAACCCGCAAUUUGAUGAGAACUUCAUUUUCCAGGUAUCCAGCCGAACAGUCACUCAGAGGAUGCUGAAGUUUUCAGUGUUCCACGUGGACAAGCAAAGAAAGCAUCACCUCCUGGGCCAAGUGCUCUUCCCAUUGAAAGAUGAGAUGCUAACAAGCGAUAGCCGGCCCAUUGUCUGGAGAGACUUGGAAGCAGAGAGCCUGGAGCCCCCUUCCGAGUUUGGGGACAUCCAGUUCUCUCUCAGCUACAACGACUACCUGGGACGCCUGACUGUGGUGGUUCUGAGAGCCAAGGGCUUGAAAUUCCAGGAUGACAGGAAUGUUGUCAGUGUGUUUGUCAAAGUGUCGCUGAUGAACCACAACAAAUUUGUCAAAUGCAAGAGGACCUCUGCUGUGCUGGGCUCCCCCAAUCCUGUGUAUAAUGAGACUUUUAGCUUCAAGGCCGAUCCUGAGGAGCUAGACACUGCGAGCCUGAGCCUGACGGUGCUGCAGAACACAGAAGGGGACAAGAGCCACCAGCUGGGCCGUGUAGUAGUAGGACCCUUCAUGUACACGAGGGGGAAAGAAUUGGAACACUGGAAUGAGAUGAUCAAUAAGCCCAAGGAACUGGUGAAGAGGUGGCACGCGCUCUCUGGAAGCACCUAACUGCGCCUGGUCUGCAAGGACAGCGACUUCUGUUUUGGAAACUGCUUCUCUCCCUUUAGAAAACCAUGACAUAAGAACAAUGUGUCAUCACCAUUUCCCCCAACGGCUAGCAGAACCACCAGGCCGGCCUCACGGUGGACAGUGGACGCAGGGAGCAGCCUCUCUUAACAGGAUGAGGCAAGAUGUCCUCACCGGUUCUGUGUCAGAAACAGGGCCUUAUCUUUCCUUGGUUAGCAUAGGGAAAAUCCUAAUAAAAUGUCUCUUCUUCCUCUUGUGGAGUACUCAGAAGAGUCCUCUUUUGGGACCUUUAUCAUUGUAAAGCUGAAGUUAAGUUAGCAUUUCAGACACUCAGACUGUUUGCUAAAUAGUAUAGAUGUCAGUGGGACAAAUUUUGGUUUUCUCCGAGAUUAAGUUCCUUUCAGCCCAUGUGAGCACUGUUUUGUAGGCAGGCCGGCCUCUGUAUUUAGCCACAAAAGGAAAUACUAUUUUAAGAGGAUAGGAAUAGGAAGAAGCUAGGAAAAUAUUGUACUUAUGCCCUUAUGUCAACGAGAACUACACAUGGACUGGAGCGGUUGAUCACAGUAAGAAAAGUCUGACUUAUCACUUGUUUACUUGAAACUCAUGUGGACCCUACCACUAGAUGUGAGCAUUAGGGAUCUGUGGCUCAGGACCCAUCCCAGUGACAACAGUGAGAUUCCUUGGUGACAAGAAUGUUGUCUGAGCUACUUGGAAGAAAAUCUCUUCAGAGCAAGGAAAUGACGUUACAAAUAUCCAAAUGAGAGGGGAAAUACAAGCUGGCCACAGUAGACUAGAGAUUGUCUAAGUCAAAAUGACUUGGAAGUUGCGAUACUUGCUCAUACUGUUCUAAGGGACUGAGACAGGAGACUGGACUACCAUGGUAAAAUUCCUGAUGAACAAUGCAUGACCCUUAUUGUGAGGGUUUCCUGGCCAGGUAUUGUCAAAAAACCUUGACUUCUGUGCUUUCCUCUACUUUGACCAAGCCGUUGCAUAUUCUCAUACUCUUCUGGUCAUUAA